CUUCUCCUGCACCAUGUCUGGCCGCGGCAAAGGCGGGAAGGGGCUCGGCAAAGGCGGCGCCAAGCGCCACCGCAAGGUGCUGCGCGACAACAUCCAGGGCAUCACCAAGCCCGCCAUCCGGCGCCUGGCCCGCCGCGGCGGCGUCAAGCGCAUCUCCGGCCUCAUCUACGAGGAGACCCGCGGGGUGCUCAAGGUCUUCCUGGAGAACGUGAUCCGGGACGCCGUCACCUACACGGAGCACGCCAAGCGCAAGACGGUCACGGCCAUGGACGUGGUCUACGCGCUCAAGCGCCAGGGCCGCACCCUCUACGGCUUCGGCGGCUAAGUCACAUUUUAUCAGCAUAAUCUC